CUUUUUCUUACAGCACAACCGAGCUUGUGACCCUCCAUCCAUAUUCAGAGUACUUAUCACAGUGAGGGGCGCAGCGCCAAGCGCGUCAAGUACAAACCCAGCAGACUGGUUGAACCUGUUUUUUUAUUUGUUCCUUUAUUCUCCCAGCCCGUGAUUCUGUUGGGGUUUUUUUUUUGUCCUCCGUGGAAAGCGCCCGGGUUGCUUUAAGAGGCUGGCUGUUGGACUGGGCUCUGGUUAGGCAGAUGGCCGCCCCAAGCAGGCACGCUGAGUGCAGCUCUAUUAUAAAGGGCUGCCCAGGGAGAAGUUUUGGGACUUCUGUUUGAGGAUUUCGAGAAAUCAUCCCCACGGCCAGCCACUAAAACCCCCCCGAGCCUCAGGGCUCCACCUGAUACACCUAAGCCUGGACUAUCAAGCGGAGCCAGCUGGGACGAGGAAACUGAAGGAUUCUUGCAGACUGCACUGUUUCACUGGUGAUCGAGACCCUGCUUGGCUCCGGGCAGCACGAAACAGGAGCCCUCCCCCUCCCCUCACAUCUCAGGGGGGCAGUGCUCUAUUGAAGGCACCGGUCACUCCUGGACUCGGGGUCCUAACUCACUUGCAGGACGGGAGACCUCAAAAAGAACUUUGGGGGAAGUUGCUUUCUUCACGGUGCAAAUAGGAGGUUUGGAAAAGCUAUUCAUAAAAAGGGCGGGGGGGGGGACAAUUUCAUGCACGGGUUUGCAGACUGAAAUGAUGACAUCCCUGGAAAGCGUAAAUCUAGAGAACUCCAAAGGAUUGAUGAGAAAGGCUGUACUCCGUUCCAUGCAUUAAACACAAUGCUUUCAAACUGCUAAUCAUCUCAUUAAAUCCACAAUACAGCGGCCAAUAAAUACAGUCCCACUGACCAGAGUGUGCACAGUCGGCACAAAUGCCGACCACUUAUUUAGGAUCUGUCACACACAAACAAGCAGAGUUUACAGUCCAUCUCUAUAAGUGAUAUAUAAUGUCUUUUUUUUUUUUACUGUUUGCCCAAUCCAUAAUCCUGUAAUACACUGAAAUGCAAAGCACACUCUCAGGUCGGCUCAUUUAAGAAAUUGCUCUUUGUGACUGUAAUUGUUAUGUACUUCCCUUCCAAAACUGUGCGUCUGAUGACGGCUAACCUGGGUCCAUCACCUGUGCAAACAAAAGUGCAUAUUCUCAGUUAGGGUAUGCUUUUUGGGAGACUUGUAAUGACAUUUCACUUUAACUUCUGAUGGUGUUUGCCUCAUAAAGCAGACUGUACAUAGUGAGGAGAUUUGCAUUGCAGUGAGUGCUGUGUACAGUGCAUCCCCUGCAAACUGUGUUCCAGACAGCGCUGGACCGCACUGCAUGAAGCACAGACUCCCACUGACCGGUCGCCAGAUCAGUCCCCAGGGGGGGGUCGGCCUCGGAGGCCAUCAGCCAGCCUGUUCGCCCUCAGCAGGACGCCCACCACCCAGACGGUCUGCAAGUUCUGCCGUCUGGCCCCCUGGACCAUGAGCGAUGCCCCCACCCUGGACUACGAGCUGCUCUCCCCGGGGGCUCCGCUCACCAGCCCCCCCACGGGCCCCCCGCUGGUGGGGGACGCCGAACAGAAGACCGCCUUCGCCUUCGUAGGCCUCCUGCUCGUCUUCCUGGUUUUCCUGGUGGUGCGCUGCUUCCGCAUCCUGCUGGACCCCUACAGCCGCAUGCCGGCCUCCUCCUGGACCGACCACAAGGAGGGGCUGGAGAGGGGCCAGUUCGACUACGCGCUGGUGUAGCCCGGAGAGAGAGAGGGGAGCGCCAGGGACGCCCUUCUGCCUUAAACCCUCCCUGUUCUCGUCCCGUUGUCCCCCGUUCACAAGAGAGCUUCAAGGUGGCCAGUCUGCAGCCCCUCUCCUAGUGGACGCCAUCCUUUGCCAGCAGAAGGAGUAUUGGAGGUAGCUAGCUCCCAGUUUUGUCAACAGGUGCAUGCAGUUGGAAAGGUGAGGACCGUUUCGUGUCUGAGUGUGUCACGUGUAUCAAGGUUACAAGGCUGCAGCAGUUAAGGAACGAGACUAUUGGACGAGAAUCUAGAACGCAGCAGCUGUGUUCCCUUGGCUGGCCGAAGCACGGUUGACACUGGCUCUGCCUAUUACAGAAGGAUAGAUGGUCCCAGUGAAGGCUUCUAAGGCUGUGCCUGUUAAAUACAAAACGUUUGACUAAUUUUCUGAUGAGGAAAAACCUAAAGUGACGACAGACCUAUUGAAACAAGGUGAGCCGUGGAACAACUGACUGAUCAAUCCAGUGACAGUCUGGGUGGAUACCUUUUUAUUAAAGGGGGGGUUGGUGUGAAAGGUGGGGAUUUUGGGGUGCAGAGAUUGGCUGAAUAAGUCUGAAUGCUUGGUGAGCAUACUCCUAUAAAGAGCCAAAGCAGAGCCCUUUGGCUCUUUAUAGGAGUGAUUUUGGACACAGGUGUCCAGUUGGCAGGGAAUGAUUUAUACUUACAAGGAACUGAAAGUCCUUCCCUGCCAACUGGACACCUGUGUCCAAACUCACUCCUAUAAAGAGCCAAAGGGUUCUGCUUUUACUACAGCCUUAGAGCCUUUUGCAAAGACAGUCCUUAGUGCUAGCUACACUGAGAGAGUCCUCACUGCACACCCUGGCAAGCUGCGACAGUCUGUUCUCUGUCUUUCAAAGCCAUAUCAGACCUGUGUGUGUAUCAAUGUUUAGGUCCUUAAACCUUACCUUGGUCUUCAAAGCUUGGCGACCUUGCGUUGUGUACAUGUAAAAGGUUAGAUCUGCUUUUAUUUUAUUUUUUUGUAUGGGUCAGUUUCUUUUUUGCAAAUGCUUGCCAAGUUAUUUUUUUAAAUGUAGUUCUUAGACUCUAUUAAAGGAGUCUUGUUGGAGUUACCAAGCUUUGGAGAAGAGGUGGGAGAUGUAGGUGAGGACACGUUUGUGCUUUGACUGGAAGAUUUCUAAGUAGUCUGGAUAUUUUAUCCUCACAAGUUUUAUUCAGCUGGGUGACUUCUAUGAAAUAAAGGAGAUUUUUUUUUUCCUUC